AAAUCUCAUCCAAUAUGAUCUCAAAGUCCCAUUUACAUACAUAUCUGUACGUAUGUGUUUUCUCCGAAAUCUCAAUGACAGGUCAUUUUGGCACAGACGAAGGAAAAAAGAAAAAUAUGAAGACAACAUUUUUAAUAUGUUUAAUUACUAUCGCAGUUCAGCUCGCAUUAGCGCAAAAAUAUACAAAUAAAUUUGAUAAUGUGGACGUGGAUGGUGUUUUGUCAAAUAAUCGUAUUCUAACGAACUACAUAAAGUGUCUAAUGGAAAAAGGACCUUGUACUCCAGAGGGUCGGGAGCUGAAAAAAUUAUUACCAGAUGCGUUGCAAACAGAUUGCUCCAAAUGUACAGAAACACAAAGGAAGAAUUCACAAAAGGUCAUAAACUUUCUACGCUCAAACCGACCAGGGGAAUGGAAACUACUUCUGGAUAAAUAUGACUCAAGAGGAGUUUACCGGUCUAAAUAUGAGAAACAAGGUUGAACGUAAAUUUCAUGAAAUUUUCAUAUAACGAUAUAUAAUAUACAUGCGUAAAUUGUUACUUCAAUAAAUCUGUACGUUCUACACAUUCACACAUUUAUGUAAA